AUGAAAUCGACGGUGACCGGUGAACUGCAUGCGUGCCUCAAAGAUGAGGUGCAAUCAUCAAGAACAACAUGUCGUAAAGCAGAGAUGUUUCUGGAAAGUGUUGCACCGCAGCAGUUGAAUAUCAAUUUGGAUGGUGUCGUGCCCAGUAUAGACAAAGCUCUUGGUGAGAUCAAGGAUGCCAAUAUCCCUCAGCUGCUCAACACAACAACCCAGAAGUUCGCAGAUAUGCAGGGAAAAAUCCAAACGGAAAUUGACAAAAAACUCCACUCAUCUCAAGAUAUGCUGAAGAAAAUUGCCGACGAACUUUUUGUUGUUGCAGAAACCAUCUCAACACAAAUUCGACAGAUUAAUUUCGAUAGUCUGUACGAUAUUUGUUACUCGAACAUCUGA